AUGGAUCCUCUGCAGCCGUUCACCUUCCCCCGUUUCUCAGGGCCCAAGGCGAAACCUGCGCCGCUUGAUCGGCCUUCGUUUACCUUUAUCGAUCACGAUGAUGAUCUGACCUCCAAGAGGAUCAAAGAUGUCAAUGCUCGCAAAGCCAUUCGUUCUCAUGUCAUGCGCGAUGUGCGUCGACGUGAGAGACUUGCAGGAUUGAAACGAACAUCCAGACGUGCUCAACAUGAUGCUUCAAAGGUUGCCGAGGAUGAGGACGAGCAUAGAUUGGUGGUAAGGACUCAGUCCCAGUCACCUGCCUCUUCCUCGAUCCUCGAUUCGGACAGCCUCAAAUAUCCUUUGUGUCAAAGAGGACGUCCAGCGAGAUGGUCUGCUGGCUAUCCUUUGCCACUUCACUCAAAUCCUAACCCACCUACCUCUUGGUUCCUCGAUCCUUUCUCUACCUUACCAGGUACUAGUGAGCUUCCUUUGAUGGUUGCUCACUUGGUGUACUACUGGAAAACCAUAUUUGUCCCCAUGACAUUUCCCAACACGAGCAAAGGUUCAACACAGGAGAUGGAGCUGAUGGUGCGGUCCUCAUUCUCGGAUAAGGGCAGCUUCUUUGGAUUAAUGAGUAUGUGCGCUGCACAUCGAGCCGUUCUCGCGAGCCAGCAUACAUUUAUAUUCAACUCAGAUGGCCGAAAACAGUCACCUGACUCUGACUACUGUAUGAUGAGGGCAAUGUCUAUUGGGGAAAUGAAUACGAAGAUGCAAGAUCCGCAUCGCAGACUUAGUGACGAGGCAUUUGAUACCAUCAUCAACCUCCUGACUGGCGCGCUUAUCAUCGGCGAGUUUGAAGAGGCUCAUAUUCAUCUCAAAGGACUCAAACGUAUGGUUGAGCUGCGAGGUGGGAUAACAGAUGACAGCAUCCGUUCGUCUUCGAUGUUGUCUGCUAUCAUUACCACCGACAUCAAAGCAGCGUCUGGCCUAAUGGCCAAGCCUGUCUUUCCCUUGACUUGGGACGCCCAGCCUGUUCCUUCAGAUAUCCAGCAGCGCAUUAGGCCACAAGCUUCAUCCCCUCUCAACAACGUCGGAUCCGGCUUCUUCGCCAAUUCAUGUAUCAGUCCACCCUUGCAACGAAUUUUGUAUGUGCUACGCGAUAUGGUUUUCUUUAGCAUCAUGAAUCAGAUGGCACCUGCGGCUCUUCAACCCAUUGAUCAGGACUUUUUCCGAGUCCUUAACUGCGAAGCAGAGCAUCAACUACUCAGCUAUAUUUAUACAGACGACUCUCCCAUUCCAGUUUCCAAGCUUCAUCCUAUUGAAGCUGUCACCAGAGUGGCUUCUAUCUGUUUUCUUAAUCAUUUUCUGAUUGUUUCGCCAUCAUCGUCCGGUCUGGGCCGAGCCCUUACGAGACACCUUACGACUGCAGUAGAGAAAUGCAAGUUAUCUCUCCUUCGUGGACUACCCAAGGAAAGCUUUGGUCCGUAUGCUUGGGCACUUUUCGUCGGAGCUCAAGGCUCUCAAGGUCAGGCUGAACGAGCUUGGUUUGUGGAGCGUCUGGCUCGCGUUGCAAUAAUCUGUGGGUGGCAGUCGUGGGAACAAGUCUCAAAAGUUAUGGCCAAUUAUUUCUUUGUUAUGACGUCGGAUGGCUUAAGCUGGCGAUCUAUAUGGGACGAAGCAAUGUCUGGAUUUGUAGUCUCUGAGGGGGACGAACUGGAAUGCCUUCUUGAACGAGAUACAAUCAUUAAUGAGCUCUCUGUAUGA